UGAUGAUGAUUACCAAGUCGGCAAAAGCGACGUCGUUUUUCGCAACAUUUCUUGGCGCGUGAGUAGUAGGUUGAAGAUGAUGAAGAGGAAGAGAGAAGAGAAAGAGUGUAUGGAUAUCGUGUGGCAAACUCCAGCAAAUCCUCCUUUACCGCAAGAUUACAUCGUUCGAAACGGAAUUCGAUUUGUUAGACCAUAUUACUUCGAAUUCAUCGCUCAUGUUAAAAAUCGAUGGGCGGGGAAAACUAUUGUAGAUUUAUUCGCCGAGGAAUUUAAAGGUCGACCUUAUGAAUAUUAUGUUAGUGCUGUGAAAUGUGGAAGGAUUCAAGUUGACGGUGAAAUGGUGCCAGUUUCAUAUGUGGUUAAAUCAUCGCAAAAGAUAAGCCAUUUUUUACACAGGCAUGAACCACCUGUGAUGGCUUGCGAUGUUCCUAUUCUUCAUAAAGAACCAGAUGUGCUAACUGUUUGUAAGCCUGCGUCUGUCCCUGUUCAUCCAUGUGGCCAAUAUCGCAAGAACACUGUUGUUGGCAUCCUUCAAGCAGAACAUGGGCUGGCGCCUCUGUUUCCUGUCCAUCGACUGGAUCGCCUUGUCUCCGGACUCCUUAUUAUAGCCAGAAAUGCUACAAAAGCGGACAGUUUUAGACAAGAGAUUGAGGCUGGCUUAGUCAAGAAACAAUAUAUUGCAAAAGUAGUUGGGGAAUUUCCCGAGGAUGAGAUAAUUGUUGAUGCCAAUAUAGAUUAUAAUGCUCGAGAAGGAAGAAGCACAGCAGAGGUCAGAGACUCUACAAAGGGGAAGGUUGCCUCCACAAAAUUUACCCGGAUUAGUAGCAAUGGUACUCAUAGUAUUGUUUUAUGCGAACCAGUCACUGGCCGCACUCAUCAGAUACGCGUUCAUUUACAGUCUUCUGGACACCCAAUAGCCAAUGACAUGCUGUACAUCUCAGAGCAGACUGUUGAUAGAUCUAUUAAUGGGUCAACUGCUGAUAGAUCAGCUUGCAUAUCUGAUGCUUCUUUGACAUCAAAUUUCGGUGAAAAAGUGCCCAAAGAUUAUCAAGAAAAUUCCAACGAGGAUUUUCGCAUUGAUCCUAUGUGUACGAACUGUCCAAAUUUGGCACCGAAGGGAUAUGAUACUGAUGAAGAAGGUUUGUGGUUACAUUGUAUGCGGUACUCUGGACCUGGAUGGACAUAUGAAUGCCCAUAUCCUGAUUGGGCGAAACUUUAGCUAGAUACAGCUGAAAUAUAUUUUUUCAUUGGGCUCUGCAAACAAAUAUACGACAACUCUUUAUCCGACAAUCAAACCUAAUACACUUGGGUUGAUCCCAGGUUAUUUAUGCGUCAUUGACGUUUUUUAUCUGAGCUGUGCAGGUUAUAAAAUCUUGCUAUUAUUAAACUCAUCAGAGAGGAAAUAGAAUAGUCAUUAUUCUUUAUUCCCUGCUUUAGUGAGGGAAAGGAUCUAAAGAUGGGAUGUUUUGUAUUUAAAGAUGACCAUAUACUUCAUUGGUGCAAGUUUACUCAAUUUCGGUCAAACAAUGUCUUGACUAAACUUGAAUGCGUUGCAUUUGUCAAGGUAAUGGGUGCAAAACAGAAACCAUGUUUUAUAAGGAAUAUGUUGUAACAGGUGGCUGCACUUACGGACCAAUUUCAAAACAAGAUGCAGUGUUUGUGAUUGUCACGUUUAAUUCUUUUGUAUAAUUGAUCAAAUCUUUUUUUUUGACAGUUA